AUGGCAGCACGAGCCUUCGGGGGUAGUACUGUGCAGGGUCACAUAUUGACGGCUGGCCAUGUCUCUGGCUAUCUGGCCGAUGCCAUUUCCAGAUGGCCAGGAAUUGCUCAGACUAAUAUCUUCAACGAUCGAAAUGCAAUUCAGGGUCUUAUCACCAAUGACACAGCCAGAAUCGACGCAAAUGCAAAGAAAUUUGGUAGUCAGAUGUAUGGGAGAUAUACGCCUGGUGGUCAUCCAACAAACUUCCCGAGUGAUGAAGCUAAGAGAAAAUUUGAAAAGCAGCGAGCAAAAAACAAAAAUACGUUGAUUCAAAAACUUAACUGGUGGUAUGAAAUUGUACUUGGGCCGAACAACAACAUGGCACAAUUUUCGGUGUUUGGGUAUGAUAUGGGCCCGAUACCUGCACAGAGAUUUAUGGUGUUUACAUGCGCCAAGGAUCCUACAACCAAUACAUGGCAGAAUAACACUAUUUCACUGCGUUCUAUUGAUAAUGAUGAUACCGAGGAGGCAGAUAUAGAAAAAGAGGUAGAAGAUUUGCUUUCUUCUAAUUUCGCCGACAGUGGCGACGAUGAUGACAGCAACCAUGUUCAACUGCCACCAAACUUUCCAAGCGUAUUUGGUGGAAUCGAUGCUUCCUGUGCUGCCUUUUCGCGAGAAGGGUUUAAAGGAAACCUUUUCAAUGUGGCCAAUACCGAAGGAAGCACAUACAGUUGUUAUGUGGACGGAAAAACUGUGCAGUUCUCUGUCCCUUCCUACCUGACAAUGACCUGGGGAUCCGAAUCAACCUCCUUUUCCAUCGUUGGAGAAUCAAAGAAAGAGUUCACCAACAAGCUCAGUAAAAAGCUCAAUCUUGGGGGGGACUUUUUUGGCUUCGGAGGCGAGUUCGAGCGCACUUUUGACGAGACCAGGACCGAAGAGACUUUCAAGAAAUAUAUGGCCAGAUAUAACCAGGAGGUUGUUUACAGUGUCUCCUUCAAGGACGAGGACAAUGCUGCCAAAUAUUUGUCUGACGAUGCUCUUGUGGCGAUGAAGACUUGGACUCCAGCAAAGAUUGUUGCGUCCUUUGGCACUCAUUACACCGUCCAGGCCACAAUUGGUGGUUCUCGAAUUCUUGCUUCAUCUCUAGACACGCGUGAUGAGUUCACAGAGACAGAAAUGUCUACAGCAAUUGAUUUAAAGGCAAAAUUUAAAGAUUCCAAGGGAGGCGAUGCUGGCAGUAUCAAUGCCGGUACUUCAUCUACUAGUGACAAAAGUCAAAAACUUUUUGAAAGUUUGCACACUAUCAAUACACAUACCAUUGGUGGUACUGCUACAGAUGACAACGAGAAUCUAAAUUCAUGGCGCCAGAGUCUGACUACGAACCCAGCUCUCAUCAACUACAAGCUCCGACCCAUCGAAGAGCUUGUACCCGCAGACCUGACAGUUGAACAGGGUAAAGAUGACACUGGCAAACCAGUUAUGGCAUCGAAACGCGGUCUGGUAAAAAAGGCGGCUAGAGCACUUAUUGACGCACAGGCUCCAGUUGAUCACUGCGCUGUGCUCGCUAUCAAGGUACCGCUCAAGCCAUACUUUGGUGAUGCCGGUAGUGGCGCGAAGCAUGAUCUCACUGUAGCAUAUCCUGACGCUCCCAAAGGCUGGCUCCGUGUGGCACAAUUUGCUCAGGGAGCUGACAAUGAAGACGCAUUUCAUGGGCAGAGUUAUACUUAUGCUGUGCGCGCAAACCCCAAUCUGGACCUUCUUGGGACCCAUGGGUCAUGUCCAUGCCCUGGCGUAGUUGCUGCUACUCAUGCAGACAAGAUAUGGACAGGACGUCCAAAUAUGAUUUUUGGCCAGCGGAUAGCACCGGAUCAGACCUUCUGGAGACCUUAUUAUCAACCAUAUAAUGAGGCGCAAAUCAAAGCCGACUAUACGAAGAUCAAACAGUCAGGGGGUUCUCUUGGGCUGGGACUUGAUGUGGCCAAACCUCUCAAAGACCAGUACAGCACACUGGGAGAUAUUUUUGAACCCUUACCAUAUGGCCAAAAGGAACUUACCGAGUUGAACUCCUUAGCCGUAUUCCACAAGAGUAUGGUAGUCAAGCUUAAGAAGGCGGUUAAUACCAGCCUUGAGGUUCAUUGGAUAUGGGAUGACAGUGGCUCUAGAGCUCCUACUGAUGUUACCGUUUUGGGCCAACCAAUUUCCAUGGGCAAUUUAGGGCCUAAUGACGAGACUUUAUUGAUGGAGCCUGCCCCGGAGACGUCAACUGCAUUGCCAUUCGUGUGUACAGAACGCUCAGUUGACCCUACCAAAUAUGAUGGAGUCACUUUGGAUUGGACCAAAGUCAAGAUUUUGCGCAACGAGUGGUUGCCUCGAUGA